UCCAUACCAGCAGGUGGCGGUAAUGCUGCUUAAAGCUUGUUGCAAACCGCCAAUAAAAUCAACAAGAAGAAGAAGAACAUAACAGAACACUGCAACCGUGGGUCUUUGAAACCGGAUGUUCGCUGUGUCCUGGCGGGUGAUAUGGAGAGCUGCUCCCAGCCCCUCUCCGCUGCUUAGACCCACUCACCCCGGACUGACAUGUGUCUCGACACUCGGCAAGAAGGACCUGGUUGAUUUUCCAGUCCUGAACGAGGAUGAGCUGGACGAGCAGUUUGUCAGAGGAUCUGGGCCUGGAGGGCAGGCUACUAACAAAACCAGCAACUGUGUGGUGCUCAAGCACAUCCCCACUGGGAUUGUUGUGAAGUGCCAUCAGACCAGAUCUGUGGACAUAAAUCGAAAGCGUGCCCGAGAAAUUAUGAGAGAGAAACUUGAUGUUGCGUAUAAAGGAGACCUCAGUGAAGUUCUGGUGAAAAAGAGAGAGUCUGAGAUGAAGAAGCAAGAAAAGAGGAGAAAGGCAAAUGAGAAUCUGGAAAGGAAAAGACUGUUUAAAGAAUCUCUGUCUACAGGCUCCAAACCUGAAAAUGGCUCUGCUUAAAAUGUGUGUGAGAAAAAUGUUUUCCAAGGCAUUUGAAUGAACCAGAUGUUUCUCUGUAAAGUGUCAAAAACAAAAGUUUGAAAGGUAAUGCUGUCAUUAUGUUAAUCCAUACUUUUAUAUUCAUUGUACCAUUCAAGUUUAAGUAUAUCACAGCUCAUAUAAAGUAUGUUCACAUAAUAUUGGACAAUUACAUGAAACACUCAAGCUACAGGUGAAUUUUCCAAAGCUUGUAGAACAUCUUUAAAAAAAAUUAAAAUCUGAAGUGGGCUAUGACUCCUUGACUUGUAUUGCUUAAAAAAAGUUUCAAAGCGUGUAUUUAUGCAUUCAUUCGACUCAUAUCUAUGUAUCAUGAAUUGUUCAGAGUUGUAGGAAAUGUGUUUUCAUAUUUUAGUUUAAUCUGUCACUAAUAAUUUGUUUAUUUUAAUUUUGAAUUGAUCUCAAUAGGAAAUUUAAGAAAAAGCAAGCGUGAACAAGUUGCUUCUUUGAUGGCACUCUCCCAUUAUAUUGAAUUGUUUUCUGUUCAUUAAUGUAUAAAUCUGCCAGUCUAAACACCACAGUGGAAACGUGCACUGCUCAUGAGCAAAUGUAGACGUGUUACAAUAAUUACAAAAAAAUGAUAUCAAUUUACAUUUACAAGUAUAUUAUUCACUAGAAUUGAUAGAACAAAGUGUAAGUGAAUGCUAGAAAAAUGCUGGGUAACAGAAAUUCCCCUAUAUUGUCUGA